GUGUGACCAGGUCUAUGAAGGAUAAGGUGACCAAACCCACGGCCAUGGCGCAGGGGAGGGUGGCUCAUAUGAUAGAAUGGCAGAGCUGGAGCACACCCUCUGCUGGACCGCUGGGGAAAUCCAACUUCCAGAGAGAAAAGCAGAGGCGACUGGAGAACGAUGCCUACAGUGAUCUGAGCGACGGGGAGAAGGAGGCACGGUUUGCUGCAGGAAUCAUGCAGCAGUUUGCCAUCUCCGAGGCUACUCUGUUUGGCUGGAACUCUCUGGAUGGGGACAGUGUGGGGGCGGAGUCAAACCACGGCAGUGUGGCCCAUCUGAGCGAAGUUAAUCAAGAGAGCAUCACCAGCAGAGAUCAGAUCCUGCACCACUCCUCUGCAGACGUGUGGCCUCACUCUUACGUGUCCCAGGGCCUGUACUGUCUCUCUUCGUCUGACGCCUGGGACCCGAUCACCAGCCAGCCCUCGGGCAUGGCCUCCCCCGCAGCCAGCUCCUACAUCAUGGCUGGAGGUACGCACUGCUCACUGGAGGAGACAAGUGCAGAGCAUUUCCUGACUCAACAUCAGGCUCAGCUCGUCCUCCAGCAGCAAACACAGCUCCAACAUCUCCAACAGCUGCACCAGUACCAACAACAGCAGCUACUACAGCAACUACAGCAGCAACAGGUCUUGCAAGUUCGGAUGCACAGUGCCUCUGCCUCACUGCAGGCCACGCCCAACAGCACCAUCCACAGCCUGGGCCCACCCACGCACCCACGCCUCGCCGACCUGUGGGGGGCAGCGCAGGUGGAGAUCGUGGGGCAGCUGAGCGGGCAGAUGGUUGAUUUGGUCGGAGCGAUGGUGGAAACUGUUGGAGAAGAGCCAGAACCGGAGUCGGAGGGAUUCACCGAACAACAAGAAGAGGACGAGGAGCUGACCAGGGUGGAGGAGGUCACCUUGACGCUGGAGCCUGAACCGUGCUCUUUGACCCCUUCGCCACUGAGAGAAGACCUGCCUUCGACGCGCGGCUCCAGCCCAGGACUGUCCAAUCAGAGCGCAGAGAUGGGCGGGACUAUCCAAUCAGAGCGCUCGCCUUUUGAACCUGUGCCGUGUGUCGUCCAAUCACUGGAGGAAAAAGACGAGGAGGCGGGAGACGGUUCGAUUGUGGUUGUUGUGACUAACUAACUCAAAAAUACAAACUCGACAAACUCUAUGGAAAUACAUCAAUAAUCAAUCAAGAUAUUCUACUACAACCCUGAAUCCUCCCAAAUAUUUAACACUUGGAGCGAGUGAAACGGCAUUUUUUGUUUUUCGCUUAAGGAUUAUUAUUGGAUUAUGGGGACAAUACUUUGCUACCGCUGCAAACGAGGAUGUACAAAAAUCUGGACCAAAGAGAAUCGAACCAUGGACGAGACACGCAGGGGGAUUCUCGUAAACUGGACAGAGAAAAUGGGGGAAAA